AUGUACAACUUCAUUAGCUUAUAUCAGCAAUAAGAGACUUAGAGUAAACAAGCCAAUAUGAAACUUAUCAGGAGUUUUGUGUUUAUUCACGAUGAUUAUCUAGAUUUGCUUAAUAUUUAUCUCGAUCCAAUUAAAAAUAAAUUGGCAGUUGCAUUCUUUGCUCCAUAACUUUCAGUCAAUUUACGCUAUUCUAUUUUUACUGUAUUAGAUUACUCAAAUUAAGGAAGAAUUAUGCAAGAGUUUAGAAAGAUUUACUCAUCGGCUAAUGGCUAUCAAUUCCUAUUUAUAAGAUUUAAAUAUUCUAGUCUUUAUGAAGGAUUAAUUUGUGGUUUUAUUAAAGGAAACUAAUUCUCUACAUCUGUAGCACUGGCCAUCUCAUAUCCAUUUCCCUAUUAUUUUGAUUUAGCUUCUAAUGCAUAUUCAACUGUUGAUAUCAAUUCUGUUGAAAUUAUUGAAUUAGGCUAAUCAGUAGAAGCUUUGAUUAAGGACUCAGAUCAAUUUACUGCUCUCCCAUUUUACUUUGGACUAAAGGAUUAAGCUCUAAAAAAUGACACCUACCAAUUGAUUUAAAACACUAACAGGACUCUCAAGAUAUAAUAAGUAAAUGAAAAAUUUGAAUAUUUAAUAGGGAAUCCAGCAUUAUUCAUUAGAUUUUAGCCAUGUAUUUACGAUUAGUAAUGUUAAGAUUUAAUAAUAACCUACACAAUAUCAACUGAGAAUCUCAAAAUCUUGCCUUAAUUUUUCAGAUUCGUGGAUGAUUAACUCUUGCUUAUAGUUUUAACUGAUGAUUUAUCAUAUUCUGGCGAUUACUUACUGACCCUUACUUGUAGUCUGGUGGAUGAAUUCUCUAAUUCUACAAGUUUUUAUGUCAAUCUAGCUAAAUCAAAAGAAUAAAACGUUUACUAACCAAACUAUCCUCCAUUAUUCUAUUUAGAUCCAAAAAAUAUCACAUUGAUGGCAGGCAGUAAGUUGAAACUAAGAUUGCCAGACUAUUUUGAUCCGAAUCCUAAAGAUAAAGUUAAGAUAAGUGUUUAGACUUUAAAUAAGUACCCUUAAUUCUUUUAAUUACUGGAUGGAAACUUCUUAGAAGUUAAUGCUGGGAUAAACGAGCUGAAAACAUUUUAGAUAAUAAUUACAUUAAAGGAUAAUAACAUUAGACCAUUGGAAACAUAAUACUUGAUAUAUGCAACAUUCAUACCGACAGAUGAAGGUUAAAUGAACAAUACCAACAUUAAAAUUACAAAUAAUACAAAAAUUGAUAUUCAAAAAGAUCUUGGAUUAGACAGCUAGAUUUAUGUAGGCAAAUUAUCACCACAAGGAAUAAUAAUAAUUUAGUUUGAAAAACCAUUAAAUCUCACUGAGCUGGUAAAUUACAGAAGUUUAGUCUAAUUAGUUCAGCAUUCAAAUUAAAUUCUCAAAUCCAUUGAUAAUAUCUUAUUAUGA